GACAAAGAGAGAGACAGCGACGGACGGGACGGGGGACCGGGAAUGAAGACGGGGGCUUCUACCGACUAAAGGAGGGCCUGCUUGCUUUUUGAUUCUUUCCUCAUUUUCCACUUCGGCGCGAAAGUUCGAGUUCAGUUUAGUCAAGAAAGGAAGAAAGGAAGGAAGGAAGGAAGGAAGGAAGGAAGGAAGGAAGGAAGGGAGACCGAGACCGAGAUCGAUGCCUUCUGCCAUGAUGGAUCCGCUUGUUAUGCCGCCGCCGCCGCCUGUUGCGCCUAUUGCUACUACUGCUGUUCCUGCUGUUCCUGCUGCUCCGGCGGUUCCUGGGGCUCCGGCGGCUUCUGCUGUUGGGGCGACGCCGGCGCAACCGAUGCCGCCGGCUAUGGGAAACAGGGGGUUCAAUAUAGGUCAUCAGAAAGUGGGAUUUGAUGUGAACUUUGCGAGGCGCCAGUUGAAUUGCUGGACGGAGAUCUCGAUCAAUCCUACGGAUCCGGCGUUGAGGCAGAUACGACUGAAUUCGAGACAGUGUGAUAUCAUGAUGUGCACCGUCAACGGCAAGACCGCGUCGCAGGUCAAGUACGAAGACCCGUAUUCGAAGUUUAAGAUCCACGGAUCGGCUACCGUACAUCAGCACCACAUGCUGCGGAAACGGCUCGAUGGCGUACUACACGAUCCUCCGGAGUUCGAGCUGGUCAUCACUUUACCGUCCAAUGUUCGGAUUGAGCCUGCUGAUCCGUUCAGUCUCGCCGCACAGAACGCAUUGAUGGGCCGCAAUGCUCCCGCUAGACGUAACACUCCAGAUGCGCCGGACGGAGCGGCGGGGGCUCCGCCUAGAACGCCUGCCCCCCCUCUGACUGCGAGGCCGGACAACAUGUACACUCCCUAUAUGCCGCUACUGCUGAGAAUAGAGUACGUGCUUGACAAUUUUCGCGAUGGGUUUACGUUUGUUGGCUGCGAGUCCGGAGAUAUGCGGUACCCCCAUGCGUUCACGACCAAUUCGCCGUCGCCCGGCGCCGCCUGCUGUCUCUUCCCGACGCUCGAUGGUAUACACGAGCGCUGGACCUGGGAGCUCGAACUCACUGUGCCGCGCACCAUUGGCGAUAUAAACAAACGCCCAAGCAUCAGGCGGGUUAAUGAUACUAGUAACGGCAUCACCGGGGGUCGUUCCUCGAGGCUGGAUGACGAUACGCCGAUAACAGAUGAGGAUGACGAUCUUGAUAUGGUGGUCGUCUGCAGUGGUGAUUUCGUGGAUGAGGAAACCCAUCCCACCGACAAUUCCAAGAAGAUCGUGAAGUUUAUCCAGUCCCAGCCCGUUGCUCCGCAGCAUAUCUCGAUAGCAGUAGGUCCCUUCGAGGUGGUCAACCUUUCCGAAUUCCGUGAUCAAGAGAACGAGGACGCAAUGGCUGCGAUCGCUGUAGAUGUGAUUGGGUACUGUCUGCCAGGACGAGAUGCUGAACUGAAGAAUACAUGUAUGUUCAUGCCUAAGGCCAUUGAUUACAUCGUCAAGGAGUUUGGCCAGUACACCUUCUCCAGCUUCAAGCUCUGUUUCGUGGAUGAUCUUGCGACGGAUACGGUCGAGUCUGCGUCGCUGGCUCUCUGCAACAAUAAUCUCCUCUUCCCCGAACAGAUCGUUGAUCCGUUAUGGGAUGUAACGAAGAAGUUGACGUACACCCUCACGACGCAGUAUGCAGGUGUGCAGAUUGUGCCCAAAGACUGGGCGGACAUCUGGGUCAUCAUCGGCAUGUCGUACUGGAUGACGGGUUGCUUCAUGAGGACAUUGAUGGGGAACAACGAGUACCGUUUUCGGCUGAAGAAGGAUGCUGAGCGGAUAACGGAGUUGGACAUCGAUCGAGCGUCGCUGUACGCCCAAGGAUUCCAGGUGCCGAUCGAGCCCACGUCGUUGGAUUUCAUCAAGUUGAAGGCACCGCUGGUGUUGACGAUCCUCGAGAAGCGGCUGUGGAAGAUCAGUUCCUCGAUGGUGCUGCAUCGCGUCGUGCGGAAGACGUUCAUGUCGGCGGUGGCUGGAGAGUUGAAGAACGGGCUGAUGAGUACCGCGCACUUCAUCCGGCUAUGCGAGAAGAACAGUCACAACAAGCUCGAUGCGUUCUUCCAGCAGUGGGUCUACGGCGCGGGAUAUCCGCAGUUCGAGGUGUCGCAACGCUUCAAUAAGAAGCGCAUGAUCGUCGAGAUGGGAAUCCGGCAGGUACAGGCUGCGCAGACGCGGACUCGGAGUGUCGAUCCGGACGAGUUCCUCAAGGACGCCUUGGACCGAGAGAGACACGUCGUCACUGCUCCUACGCAGCCGGUGUUUACGGGGCCGAUGACCAUCAGGAUUCACGAAGCCGACGGAACGCCGUAUGAGCACGUUGUCGAUCUGAAGGAGGGCUACACGAAGCUGGACAUUCCGUACAAUACCAAGUACAAGCGGCUAAAGCGAUCGCGGAGACAGAAGGAGCGUGCUGCUGCUGGGGCGGGUGUGGACGUCAGUAUCGAUGCCCAGCAGAACGAUGACGUGCUGCUGUACUGCUUGGGCGAUGUGCUGCAGGGCGAAGAGGAAGUUGAUGAUUGGCAGCUGGAGGACUGGUCCAAGGAAGACGAAGAGCGGAUGGCGCAGGAGAGCUUUGAGUGGAUACGCAUGGAUGCGGAUUUCGAAUGGAUAUGCACCCUCAACAUCAAUCAGCCCGACUACAUGUUUCUGUCGCAGCUGCAGCAGGAUCGAGAUGUCAUCGCGCAGUACGACUCCAUCCGGCACUUUGCGAUGACACGGGAGUCGGCGCUGAUAUCGACCAUCCUCGUGCGGACACUCAUGGAUCGGCGAUACUACUAUGGCAUCCGUGUCGAGGCGGCGAUGGCAUUGUCGCGAUGCGCCACGGCAGAGUUGGACUGGGUGGGCAGAUUUCACCUGGUUAAAGCAUUCCAGGAGUUCUUUUGUUAUCCGGGCUCCCAGAUUCCAAGAGGCAACGACUUUACCGACCUCACCGCGUACUACGUUCAGAACGCCAUUCCACGCGCGAUGUCGCACAUCCGCAACACCCAGGGCGCCUGUCCGGACCACGUGCAGAAGUGGAUUCUCGAUGUCUUGCAGUAUAACGACAACUCUAAUAACAACUACGACGAUUGUUACUAUGUUGCCAACCUGAUGAGAUCACUCGCCGAUACCCUUUCACCUCAAGCUCCGGCGAUCGAUUAUGGAUUUGAUAUGAUGGAUGAGGAUGUGGAUGACGAUGAGUAUGGAGAGAAGAAGAUGCAUGAGUUGGCACUCGCCGAGAUUGAACGGUACCAGCGGAUGGACCAGUGGCAGCCUACGUACCGGAACAUCGUUUCGGAGGUGGCGUUGGAUAUUCGCAAGGACCUGAUGUUGAAGGGCAUUAAGGAUGUCGAUUACAAAGUCUACAUGGCCUACACCCGAGAAGGAACGCUCGAUACACUGCGCGUCAAGGCGUUCGAUUGCCUCGUCAAGCUCGGUGCCCUCCGGCAGCCCGCGUUGGCAUCAUACAUCUGCUACGUGAUGGGGCGGGACCCUUCGCCAUUCGUGCGGAGGUGGGUCCAGCUCGCGUUUGGUCGGGGCUUGGGUAUGAUUGCCGUCGGUGGACCGAGCGGACCGAGUGUUCCCAGCGGAUUGCAAAUGUCGGGCGAGAUGAUCAUUGAGGACUCCAGCGCCGAUACCUCCGCGGCCAGAAAGGAUGAGCUCGCGAAGAAGACGAUUGAAGGCGCCGUGGCGGUGCUCAAGGCUGAGUUGAGCAACGAUGAGGCGAUGAAGAAGGCUAUCUGGCGCGCUGUGAUAUCUCGGAAUCUCGGCUUGCUAGAGCUGCGGUUCUUACUCGAUAUCUGCGCCAUCUUGUAUCACACCAAGACGUCUCUCAUCGUUACCAUGAGGCAUCCAAAGCACCUUCGCUGCACGCAUCUUGGCGGGGGUAAAUUGGCUUUCACGCGCGUAUAUCUAGAUCCCUUACGACAAAUAUCCAUUCCAGCACCCCCACCCGCCCGCGCUCCUAUGCCCGGACCUUCUCGCACACAGUCCAUCCCGCCAGCGCCGCGCACGCCCACCACAACAAUGCCAACGCAGUUCCCUCGCUCGAAGUCAAUCAAGCUCAUCACCAACCCGCGCGGCAAGCCCCCAGGCACACCGACCAACGGCGUGAGCAAGAAGCACAAUCGCGACUCCUCCAGUAAACCUGGUAGUGUCAGACGAACGCCGUCGAUGUCGUCGAUCAGUAAUGCCCAUAAUACCCCUUCUGCGCCGGGAACGCCGACUCCUCCCUCCUCGUCUACGGAUACUCCUAGAAAGAUUAUCCUCAAGAUUCGCCCGCACAGUUUGCAGCAGCAUGGCAGUUGACGUGACGGCGACGGCAAUGACUUAUAUAUCUAGCUUCCCCUUCCUAUCUACAAAUUCCAUUCUUGAUUUUUUUUCCGGUUGAUCACCCACUCC